AUGCUAAAAAAGACGUUUGAAGAAUAUUUUAAUGAAGAUUAUUCUGAAUUUUUUUGGAUAAGAAACCCAUUCGUUUUGGGUUUGGAUGAUAUUCCUAAGACAAUAACAAACAAUGAAAAAGAGUCUUUGAUAAAAUUGUCAUGUGAUGAAAGUUUUAAAAUGGAAUUUACUAAACUAGAAUUGGGUGAGUUUUGGAUAAAGAUAAAAAACGAAUAUUCGUUGCUGUCUAAAAAAGCAUUGUUAUUUUUAUUACCAUUCACAACCACUUAUCUUUGCGAAACUGGAUUCUCCUCAAUGAUCGAAGUAAAAAACAAGUUUCGAAACAAACUGAAUCUCGAACCAAAUUUACGCUUAAAAUUAAGUAACACUGAACCAGAUAUUUCAUCGCUAAUAUCAAAUCUACAAAUCCAUGGUUCUCAUUGA